AUGGGCAGUUGGUUUGAGCCCUCCGACGCGCGGUCUGCCUUUGCCCUGGUGACCGAGGGCCCGGCAUCCAAUGAGGACACCAUGUCGGUCGAGUCGACCGGGCCGACCCGGCGCCUGGAGGCCUUCCUCUGGGGUCUGGGCACGCCGCAGUCCAUCUUCCAAGCGGGCAGCGCGGCUCCGACGGCCCGGCUGCCGGAUUGGAGUGCCUGCCUGGACUCCUCGGCCUCGGCCGGCACCUCGUUGGGGCUGGUGGCCGACCUGCCGGCUGGGGCCGACUCGAGCAUGGGCCUUGAGCCGCUGGCCAACAGCAACUUCCUCCUCCGGUCGAUUGGCUUCAUCAACAGCCGGCGUAGCUCCUCCAUCAUUGCCCUCGAUCAGGCGGGCACUGUGCGCGCCUGGCCCAGCGACGGCCCCGGCGGCUUGCAUUGGAUCAAGUCCGAGGGCGGCCCCCGGCGGCCCUUCCCCCAGACCGGUGACGAGGAGGCAUGA